AUGAAGGCCCUUGCCGCUAUCGCAUCGGCGGCAAGCCUGAUUGACUCUGCUGUGGCCGCAUCCCGUACACCCCUUCAGUUCGACAUCACCGAAGUCGACCUGUCGUCUCUGCAGAAACGCAGCGUCGACAGCGAGCCCUUGGAAGUGUCUCCUCACGUUCUAGAGCUGAAUAGAGUCGUUGGUAUCUCCCCGGCUCAGACAUGGAUUCAAUCCAUUCGGAACGGGCCUAGCUCGAACGGCAUGUACAAGACAGGUCACGUUACAAACUUGACCGACUUGAACGGCUACGAGUACAUCGCCAGCAUUCUCUUCGGCGACGAGACUUUACAAGUGAUCGUCGACUCCGGAUCAAGUGACACUUGGGCAGUUCAGAAGGACUUCAUCUGCCAAGAUUCUGACGGCAACAGGUUGAACGACGCGGAGCUGACCCGCAAACGUCACGAGCAGACCUCAUUGUGCAACUUCGGGCCCACGUAUAACGGUACGUUUCAGCAUGGCUCUAUUCCCGGUGUUCACUUCAAUAUCACCUACGGUGACGGUGAAUUUGCCACAGGCCUCAUGGGUUACCAAGACAUCACUCUAGCCGGUCUCGAGGUGCCGCAUCAAGAGGUCGCCUUGGUUAACAAGACUUAUUGGAAUGGCGACAACGUCGCCAGCGGCUUGCUCGGCCUCGCCUAUGACUUGCUCACCAGCGAGUACGACGAUGCGACUGGCAAGUCCAUCUAUUAUGACUCCAUCUUCACCACCAUGUCCAAGAAGGGCAUAGUCAAGCCCGAUCUCUUCAGCAUGGCUAUGGACAGUAAGUCUCAGGUCGGUCAACUGGCUUUCGGUGGAUUGCCUCCUGUCGAGACCAAGGGCAAGUUUAUCAGCACGCCUAUCCGAAUGGUCGCCCUCUUAUCUCACAGGCCCGAGGCGAAGACUGAGUACUCUUUCUACACUAUCCUCCCUGACGGAUACGUUAUCAAGAACGUAACCAUGGCCCCUACUUCCAAUCAGACCCUGGCUGCAAGCAAGUGGAAUACCGCAGUCUCCAAACCCACCGGGUUUUACAACAGCACAACCCCGACAAUUGUCGACAGUGGCACGACUCUGAUGUAUGUGCCGUCUGAUAUCUCCGAUGCAUUCGCGGCUGGAAUCCCCAACUCCUUCUACGACUUCUUCUCUGGCGCGUACUAUGCUCCUUGUGACGCCAAAGUGCCAGACUUUGGUAUUGUGAUCAACGGACAUACCUUUUACGCCGACAAGGCCGAUUUGAUCCAGAGUAGUGACCCAAUUGACAAUGGUGACGGCACCUUUGUCUGUUUGCUUGGUGUCACCGACGGCGGCGAGGGGCCUUACAUCUUGGGCGACACGAUGAUGAACAGCCUUGUGACUGUCUUCGACGUUGGCGCUGGUAUGAUGCGCUUUGCCAGCCGUAAAUGA